AUGCGUUCCGUACGUGGUCGUCUUCUCCUCAAAUGCCUCCAAUUCAUCUCCUCACUUCUUCUAAUCGUUAUUUUGUCGAAACUGGGCACUCAAUGGAUUCUUUUGCUCGGCUCAUUGCUCGUCCCUCCCUUUGGAAUCUACAUGAUCGUCAAAUCACCCGAUCGUCAAAAGCACCUUUUACCCUAUCAAACCUACAUGGCAGUGGCUGCAGGAAGGAGAUGGCUGAGAGUUGACGCGAUUCUAUGCGCCUCGAUGUUCAUCGCUUUCGCCGGUUUCGCACUCAUCCUCUUCAUCAGUGCGAAUCAGACGAUCUACCCGUUGGAGGCUCGCCUUCUCUCCCUCUCCGGCCUCUGUGCUGUCAUCUCCGCUAUUGCCUAUGCUUUAAACGCUCUUCUCUCCGUUUUCCAUCUCCGAAUCGGCACCAUCGACUUCUCGCAUUCAAUGAUCAAUCAUGCAAAGCUCAGCAACUCGAUGAAGCUCUCUUCGGCGCCAGUCGGUCAGACCCCACUUCCACUACACAUCGAUACUCUGGACAGAUUCCACCAAUCACCACUCCCAUUCCCGGAUGAGACUCUGGUUCGAUCGAAAAAAGCCCAGUCCUUGAACAAGAGUCAAGACUGGGAGCUACCAUCGUAUUUUCAAAUUGUGUCGAUCCCCCGGGUGCAGAGCCUGGCGAACAAGGAGCGCUCGGUGGUCGAGAGUUGGUCAAACGGCCGGAAAGUGAAUAAUUAUGAGGAUUGCCGCCAUUUUGGCAUCAACAUGGUCCCAUCGGAGGGGUCACCAGAGCCCUUCCAAGUCUAUGAUGUCCCCGCCGAGACGUCGACGCCGAAGAUCAAAAUUCGGCGCUUUUCCAGUCAUCCAAAGAUUGAAUUUGGCAAGAAGAGUGUUGAAUUUCAAGAAUUAACAAGAAUCAACGUUUCCGCGGAGCCAGAAAGACCAGUUUACUCAUCUAAACAACCAACUGUCUCAACUUUGGUCUCCGUGAACGAUUACUCGACUUUGCCCACCGCAGCGAGCACUCGAAUCCGGGUUCAGACCCCGAAAUCAUCAAAACUCUCUCCAAUUCUAUCAAAAGACGGAGAAAUCGAUGAAUUGUCACCGAAGAAUGAGCAAGAAAACGAGAAAAUUUUGGAUUUGGAGCUGGUGUGCGACGUC